AUGUCACCUCUUUCCAACGAACAUUUCGCUAUUCCAAAAGGCUCAACCGUUCUGGUGACGGGUGUCAACGGUCUGAUUGGGUCUCACGUUGCCAAUGAGUUCCUUGAACGGGGGUACAAUGUUCAUGGAACAGUGCGCGAUCUGUCCAAAAGCGCCUGGAUCCAAGACCUCUUCGUCAAGCAGUAUGGCCAAGACAAGUUUACGCUAUUUCCCGUUAUCGACUUGACUUUGCCAGAUGCAUUCGAAGAGGCUAUAAAAGGGGUUGCUGCGGUUGUACAUAUUGCCUCGCCCCUGGACUGGGGCACCAGCACUGACAGCUUGAUCAUCGCUGCGGUUGCUGGCGCCACGAAUGCCUUGAGAGCAUCCAACAAGCAGCCGAGCGUGCAGCGUUUCAUCUUCACCAGCUCGUCAGUUGCAGCGGUUCUUCCUCGACCUGAAGUGGAAGGCAUCGUGGUGACGGAGGACACUUGGAAUGACGAGGCGGUGAUGGCGGCGCAUGAUUCACCCUCGCUGGCACAGUGGUACGUGGCCUAUGCAGCCACCAAAACUGAGGCGGAAAGAGCUGUGUGGGAUUUCUUUCACAAGGACCAAUCCCGUCGGUCGGACUUGGUUGUAAACACAGUACUUCCUAGCACAAACUUUGGUAAAAGCAUUGACCCUGUGAAUCAAGGCCACCCUUCGACGUCAUCCUUCAUUCAGAGUCUCUGGAACGGGACCGAUCUAGAACGGCUGAAGAAUAUCCCUCCACAGUACUUUGUUGAUGUACAGGAUACCGCGAAGCUUCACGUUGCGGGAACAAUAUUCUCUGAUGUCCAGGGUGAAAGAAUCUUUGCUUGGGCAGAGCCAUGGAACUUUGAUACGAUUCUUGCUGUCCUACGACGGCAGAACCCAGAUAAGUCUUUCGUCGCGGAUUUCCAGUGUAGCCGAGACUUGGCAGAUGUUGGAAAGCCACGAUCGCGAUCUGUUCAGCUAUUAGACGCACUAGGCAAGUCUACAUUCACUUCUUUAGAGGCCAGCAUUAGGCUGAACAGUCAGGACUUGGCUUAG